AUGGCAGAUCAAGAAAGCCAAAUCUGGCCCUUAGCGCCGGGGAAGCUACACCAAAGAAGCGAAGAAAACCCUACGUUCAAAGCCAUACGCCGAGAGAGAAGCAACAAGUGCUUUGUCUACGUUUUCUCCGGGAUCGUCUUCUUCUGCGUCACCGUCCUGGUUUUCGCGCUGCUCGUUCUCCGAGUCAAGUCGCCGGAGAUCAGGUUGAGAUCUGUCACCGUGAAGAGUCUCAAGUACACGUCUUCGCCGCCUUCGUUUAACGUGUCUUUGUCUGGACAGAUGAGUGUGAAGAAUCCAAACUUUGGCGACUAUGAGUUUGUGCCGACCACGGUGAGUUUCUUGUAUUCAAGAGGCGCAGUUGGGAGCACGAAAGUGGCGAAGGGGUUAGCCAAAGUGAAGAAAACGGAGAGGUUGAGUUUCGGGGUUGAUCUGAGGUCGAACAAGCUGCCGGAGGGGGCUAAUACUUUGAAGAGCGAUAUAAAUUCCGGGAUGUUGAAGCUUACCGGCACCGGUAAAGUGAGCGGUAAAGUGACUUUGUGGAAGAUUAUAAACAAGAGGAAGACAGGGAAGAUGGAUUGCACCAUGACGCUUGUUUUGAAGAGCAAGACCAUCAAGGAUUUGGUUUGCAGAUAA